CAUAUGCAGCCACCCUCGCCGUGCAUCCCCAAUCCCUACAGUGAAGGCACAGAGAUUAGCUUCCAACACUAUUAAUUUCUCACCCCAACCAACAAGCCUAUAGCCAUGGCUCAUGAGCUGAUCCCGGCCCAAACUACUUCGAGUACUCAUAAGCAUCUCAAUCUAGACUUGUUUUUGCACCAGGCGUACUCUGGGCCAAACAAGAACCAACAGGUGCUGAUAAAGCCAGGUGGUAAUUACUUACAGCCAGGUGGUAAUUACUUACAGUUUGGUGUGCUAGCGGUUCAUGAUUGGCCUCUGUAUGAUGAUGAAGACCAAUCCAAAGGGAAACUCGUCGCUCGUGCACGGGGUCAUCACAUGCAAACUGUCCAGGAAAUGGUUGACCAGUGGUUCACUACUGGCCAGAUCGUCUUCGUCGACGGCUCAGAGUUCGUGGGAUCCACGCUUUUAGUUGCUGGGACUUACACAACUGGUCAGAAAGGUGAGUGGGCUAUCGUUGGCGGCACAGGAAAAUUUUCGCUUGCACAAGGUGUAAUACACAAGGAAAUGGUGAGGACUAAUCCAGGCACUGGGGAGGUCAGAUUGCUUCAAAUCCGCGCCAAGUACAGCACUGUGGAAUCAUGUUGUGAACAGAAUGCUGAAGACAAACAAAAGAACCAUGACAUAAGGUUGAAAACAUUGUUGGAACAGUUUGCAAGAUAUCGUGAGUGGAUUGAGAGAGAACCUUCUGCCUUGGUUAACUUCAUCGACUACAAGGCUUCAGAGGUAGAUGCUGCAAUCAACGAUACCAACAGGCAUCUUCUUGGAACAGGUGGAUUUGGUACUGUGUACAAGGCAGUCAUUCGUGGCGCAACAGUUGCCGUGAAGAUUACCAACGAGAUAAGCCACCGAGGAGUGCGGGCGUUCGCUCAAGAGAUUGAGAUCCUCAGGAGAAUCCGACAUCCAAACCUGGUCACCCUUAUAGGAGCCUGCACUGAGAAACUCGCACUCGUUUGAGUAUUUACCUAAUGGUACCCUUCAAGAUCGUCUCUCAGAAGAACACAGAGAAUCUUUCUCAUGGGAAGAAAGAGUUAAAGUGGCUGCCAGCAUAUGCUCUGCUCUUCUGUUCCUCCACGAAACAAAACCUAAUCCAAUUGCCCACGGUGAUCUUAAUCCCAGCAACAUCCUUUUCAACGCUGAAAAUGAAUGCAAGCUCUGCGACUUUGGAAUUUCCCGCCAUUUAGAGUAUACUCAACACACAGCAACACCUCUCCAUGGAACAAAAGAACCAAAGGGCACUUGGAAGUAUAUUGAUCCGGAGUUCGAGAGUUCAAAACAAUUGACCCCUCAGUCAGAUGUGUUUGCUUUGGGUAUCAUUUUGUUGCAGCUAGUAACAGGGCAAAGUGCAGUGUUUUUAGAAACAUAUUUAUCCUAUAGUUCGGCAGGUGUAAAUUUGGAAACACAGAAUACACCCAGGCAAAAGUUGCUCAGGACACUGGAAAUCGUGGACAGCAAACUGAACUUGGAAGACAAGUACGCAGGACACGUUGUACAAAUGAUAUACCUAGGCCUGAAAUGCAGCAGUAAUGACAGGAAACAGCGCCCGGACUUGGCGACUGAAGUAUUGCCCAAGAUUGAAAUGAUGAAAGGCUAGGCCUAAUGAGGAUCAUAUUGAAGAUACUUAAUAAUAAUAAUCUUGUGUAAGGAUUCAUCUAUGUUUUUUUUUUUUGGUGCGGGGAUUCAUGUAUGUGUUACUGUGUGUUGCUGUGUGUUAAUUAUCUCCCAUGUUAUCGGUUGCAAGUUGGGCCCGGCGCUUCUAUUGCAUAGAGUGCGAACCGAGCGCGUCAUAGUCGAGUCGUGCACCACGAUCGGGGGCGUGUGGGAUGGCACACGCCGUGAACCGAUCGUGGUGCGCAUAGUGGAGGAUCAUGGUGCUUUGCAUGUCUUUGUCUUUCCUUUUAUAUUUGCAAUGAGAAAAGAACAGAAAAGCUGCCGCUUCAUCGC